CGCUGGUUAAACCGCGAACGGUAGUCUCUUGAAGUCACGUGUUUAUGGCGAAGUGUUUAUCCUUCCGGAAAUUCUGAGGCUCGGAAAAGGAAAGCAAAGAUGUCAGCAGUCUUGGUUGUGCAUGGUGGGGCAUGGGCCAUACCGGAUGAACUGGCCAAGGCCUCUGUUGAUGGAGUAAAAACUGCAGCACGCGAAGGAUUUUCAGUGCUGAAACGAGGAGGAAGUGCAGUGGAUGCUGUUGAAGUGGCUGUGAGGGCUUUGGAAGAUAACACUGUGUUUGACGCAGGGCACGGAGCAGUACUAAAUAAAGAUGGAGAAGUGGAGCUGGAUGCCAUUAUCAUGGAUGGAAGGACACUUGCCACUGGUGCGGUGUCCUCAGUAAAGAACAUUGCCAACCCUGUUUCACUGGCACGGGCAGUGAUGGAGAAGACAUCCCAUGUAAUGUUGACAAGCCAAGGUGCAAACUUGUUUGCAGAAAGCAUUGGUAUAAGCACAGUCCCCACUGAAACACUGGUGACUGAGUAUGAGAGGAGAGAAUGGGAGAAGCACAAGAAUUACAUGACUGGAGUAAUAGAAGAUUUCAACACUCAAUGGGCUCAUGAUACCGUUGGGGCGGUAGCUCUCGACUCUGCUGGUAAUGUCGCAUGUGCAACAUCAACGGGAGGGAUUAGGAAUAAAAUGGUUGGAAGAGUAGGAGACUCCCCAGUCAUUGGCUGUGGAGGAUAUGCAGACAACUUGAGUGGUGCAGUAUCCUGUACCGGCCAUGGAGAAUCUAUUCUUAAAGUCACACUGGCCAGACUCAUUCUUUCAAAAAUUGAACAAGGUAAAUCAGUAACAGAGGCUUCGCAGAUGUCUCUGCAGCACAUGGGAGACCGUGUCAAAGGAGCCGGAGGUGCAAUUGUUGUUUCUCCUUCAGGCCACUGGGCUGCCACAUUUACCACUGAGCGAAUGGCUUGGGCUGCUGUGGAACAGGAUGUACUGUGGUAUGGAUUAGACCCGCAUGAGAGAUUAAAAGAGCAGUUGCCCCAAUAAAAGCAAUAAAAAAAUAACACUUAUUUCUUCUUAUUAAUCACUGUGCAAUGUGAGACUGCGUUAUAAUUUUUCUUAUAUAAUUAAAUUUUAUAAUUUUUAACUCACUUUUUCUAACUUUUAUUAAACACAUUUGCUUCAACAUAAAUAAAAUGCAUUUAUUUUAUUUUAAAGGUUGAAUAUUAAAAUAAGCAUUAUAUACAUAUACUGUGAAAAUGUGGUAAAAAAAAAAUUUUUUAGAGAUUGAAGUUUAGUAAGUGUUAAACAUAGAAAUGCAUGACUCAGUGCAUUCAUUUGGUUUUUUUUUUUUUUUGAUAAGAAAAUCUUUGCUCUUUAAUCUUUGAAUCCUGGAUCACAUUUCCAAGUAAAGGAUGUCUGACUUCUUAAACGUUUUUCCUAAAUUUUGUAAUGAAAAAUUACUUCAAAGUUAAACUGUUUGAAAGACUAUAUUGAAGUAAUGUUAGAUCCUAUUGUGGUAGGUAGAGUUGCACUGAGUGAUGACUAAUGGAUGAAUGCAAUAAAGGAUAUAUAUAGUAUGUGCAAAUGUGUUAUUUCUUUUAAUGUUGAUCUCUUGAAUCUUAAAUAACUGAAACACAUCCAUCCUUUUAUUUAAUUAAUUUAAUUAAGCAUCCCUAUUAAAGCAGACUGUAUCAUUCAUGAGCAUCUCGUUCAUCAUUUAAACAACAU